AUGACCGAGCUCAAGGUCGUGGACAUAACAUCUCGACGGACGCUUAGUCCUGGUGAGAUCGGGGAAAUUUGUUUCCGGUGUCCCGCUGUCAUGCGUGGCUACUACAAGCGGCCCGAAGAUACAGCCGAGGUUUUCGAGGAUGAUGGAUGGUGCAAGACAGGCGACGCCGGCUACUACGAUGAAAGCGGCCGCUUCUACUUCGUGCAGCGCUUGAAGGAGCUGAUAAAAUGCAUGGACAACCAAGUCGUACCGGCAGAGCUCGAAGGUUUGCUGUUGCAGGAAUUUGCUGAAAACAUCUCUGAAGUCGUCGUGUUGGGUCUCGACCACCCCGAGCUUGGACAAGCGCCGGCAGCUGCAGUCUUACUCAAGGAAAAGACACACGGUGCCGGCGACCUCACCGAUUUGGCAGAACGCAUGAAAGCUACGAUAGCGCAACUCCUGUACCUGCCAACGUGCCAGCAGGCAGGUUGA